CUUCGGGGCCCUCUAGGGACAGUUUCGGGUGGUGCUGUUUUACGGAUACGCUAAGCCCCCCGAGGGAGGGGCAGGGGCUUGCCUGAGUUAGGCAGCGGAGCCGGAACUGGACUCCGAGCCCCGGCCCAGAAUGCGCCCUGCUUCCGGGACAUUCCACUGGGGCCCCCCGCUUUGCACCGCGAAGCCGCCUCACAGUCCCCAGGAAAAGUUGGGCGUUCUUUGACCCUGCUUCUACACAGGACUCCCGAACUUCCUGCCCCAGGCCGGCAGGGGCUGCUGUGGCUCUUGGCUGACUGUCCUCUGGCAAAACCAGAGAUGCCUGACUCCUUCCCCCAGCUUUACGUGAAUAAGAUAGUAACCGUUAACGCUUACCAUGCGCCAGGAACUGUGCUAAAUGGUUGCCUACAUAUCCUAUUUCCAUGCUCACGAGAGAGGAACCGGGACAAUGAAACAGGUUCAGAGAGAUUUGGUGACUUGCUUAAGACUACACUCACAGUUAAAGGAUUUGACCACAGGCUGGAACCCCGUUUUCUAGCCUUGUGGCAGCUUCAGCGUGGGCUAGGGCACUUGAGUGAGGAGAUUCCUGGACUUCCCUUGACAAAGAUAAUCCCAGUGAGAAGCAGAGCCCACAAGCGGUUUUGUGAGCUGCUUCCUCAGGGUCAUCGGAGCAUGGAGGAGUCACUGCAGGCACGAGUGUCCUUCCAGCAGAUCCUAAGCCUUCCAGAGCUCAAGGCCAACCCCUUCAAAGAGCGGAUCUGUGGGGUCUUCUCCACGUCCCCAACCAGAGACAGCCUGAGUUUUGAGGACUUCCUGGAUCUCCUCAGUGUGUUCAGUGACACAGCAACCCCAGACAUCAAGUCCCACUAUGCCUUCCGCAUCUUUGACUUUGAUGACGAUGGAACCUUGAACAGAGAGGACCUGUGCCAGCUUGUGAACUGCCUCACAGGAGAGGGCGAGGACACACGGCUCAGUGCCUCAGAGAUGAAGCAGCUCAUUGACAACAUCCUGGAAGAGUCCGAUAUUGAUAGGGAUGGGACCAUCAAUCUCUCUGAGUUCCAGCAUGUCAUUUCCCGUUCACCGGACUUUGUCAGUAAUAAAGAUUUAGAUGGUUUGAUCCUGUGUGUGACGCUAGAAACACUGGGAUGAGGGAACACUGGAUUUCUGGAGCCUUCAGUCAUACUGGGAGUAAGUAGGGUCUAAAGAAGGGGCCUGGGUGGCACAAACUGUUAAGCAUUCAACUACUAACUGUAAGGUCGGUGUUUUGAGUCUACCCAGAGGUACCUCAGAAUAAAGGCCUAGUGAUCUACUUCCAAAAAAAAUCAGCCAUUGAAAACACUACGGAGAGAAGAGAAAGAAGGAAACCUAAGGCUCAAAGAAGAAACAGUCUACAGGACUAACAGUUUACACAAACCACUGCCUCAUCUACCCUGAGACCAGAAGAACCACAUGAAGCCUGGCUACCACUACCAACCGUUCUGACUAGGGACACAAUAGAUGGUCCUGGGUAGAAUGGGAGAAAAACGUAGCACUCAAAGUCUUUAAAAAAGGCCAGAUUUACAGGACCAUUUGAGACUAGAGAAACCCCCGAGACUAUUGCCCUGAGAUACCCUUUAAACUUGGAACUGAAACUAUUCCUGGAGGUCCCCUUUCAGCUCAAUAAACAGAUUGGCUCAUGAAAAAAA